AUGGCUUCAGUAACGAAUUUUCGUUACACAACUUCUCCUAUAGUAAUUAUUCUAGGUGCAACAGCUGUUGGUAAAACAAAAUUAUCCGUCCAUUUAUCAAAGCGUUUUCAUGGAGAGAUUAUUAAUGCUGAUUCAAUGCAAAUAUAUGAAGGUUUAGAUAUUACAACGGCUAAACCAACCACAACUGAAAAAGAUAAUGUUCCGCAUCAUUUAUUUAGUUAUGUAAAUCCUCUUGAUCGUGCACAUAAUGUUGUGGAUUAUCGAAAUGAUGCUUUACCAAUUAUUGAAUCAGUAUUAUCCCGAUCUCAUCUUCCAUAUAUUGUCGGUGGUACAAAUUAUUAUAUUGAAUCCUUAUUGUUUCAUCUCAAUCCACCUGAUCCAUUAGUCGAACAAUCAAACGAUCAACAAUGCAUAUCAUUGGUACCUGAUUUAUCCGAAGAAAAUUUAGCUAAAUUAACUUCACCUGAAUUACAUGAAAUAUUAUCUAUAAUUGAUAAAUCGACAAGUAUUCGUAGGCAUCCAAAUGAAGAACGCAAAAUACGAAGAGCUAUUGAAUUUUAUCGUGAUUCUGGUGGUAUUCCAUUGAGUGAAGCAUUAAAAAAACAACAUGCUGAAAGUGGAUUUUCUUAUCGAGGAUCAUUUCGUUUUCAUCGUUGUUGUCUUUUGUGGUUGACAUGUCAAAAAGAAGAACUACAAAGACGUAUUAAUGAUCGAAUAAAAUCUAUGCUUGAUCGUGGUCUUAUUGAUGAAUUAGAAAAAUUUCAUGAUAAAUAUAAUCGAACACGUGCAGAAUCCGAACAAUCAUAUGAUUACACACAUGGAAUAUUUCAAGCUAUUGGUUUUAAAGAAUUUCAUGAUUACCUUCUUCUAUCAGAUAUUGAACGAAAAAGUGAAAAUGGUGAAAAAAUAUUUGCUAAUGCUGUUGAACGUCUAAAACUGUCAACAAUACAAUAUUCCAAAUAUCAAGAAAAAUGGCUUCGAAUGCGUCUUCUUCAACGGGUCGAAGAACAUUCACCGAAUGUUUAUGAACUUGAUACAACUAAUCUAUCAUUAUGGAAUGAAAAUGUUGAACAACGAGCUGAAGCUAUUAUUAAUGCUUUUCUUAAAAAUGAAACAAUUCCAUAUGAAUCUCUUCCAAGAAAACAGACAGAUGAACCUGUCUAUGAACAAAAUACAUGUUCAACAUGUCAACGAGUAUUUCAUUUGAAAUCACAAUGGCUUGUCCAUUUAAAAGGCAAACAACAUAAACGAAUGGUUCGUGAAACGGAUCGAGUACAAUAUCGUCAAAAAUUGAAUAAUGCUAUACCAUCAUUGUUAAAUACACUUGACUUAUUAGAAUCAAAAAAAGCUUCUGAAAGAGAUAACGAGAGUGAUGAAUUUGAAAUAGACGAACUAAUUGAUACAUCGCAUACCAAAGACUGCUGA